AUGUCAGAAUCCGAUAGUUCAGAUAUUGACACUAGUUCUGCGGACAGUUCAAUAAUAGUUAAAAAAUAUAAACGUAAGAAAGAAUUAAAAGCGGCAAUUUUAAAAGACGCUGUAAAGAAAGAAUUUUUAGAACGAACUAGGAAACAGAUAGCUAACACCGAAAAAGCUGUUAAGGAAAAUUUUGUAAGAACACAUAGUUUAACAGAACAGAUAGGUAUCACGCCACGAAAAAAGGAACAAACCGUAGGUCGCUCAGGUACUAGGUCAGACUCAAGCGUAAUUCACGUGCAGUUAGAACCAGUAGUUAGAAAAAAAAUAAUGAGUAAAAUGGAUUUAGAUAAAGCAAUUGCUAUAUGA